GCGGCGGCCGCUGGCGUCACGGCGGGGCCCGGCGGUCACGUGACGGGCGCAGUCAGCUGACCGCGGCGGCGAUGGACUUUCUGCUGGGGAACCCCUUCAGCUCCCCCGUCGGGCAGCGCAUCGAGAGAGCUACCGAUGGAUCCCUGCGGAACGAGGACUGGGCUCUCAACAUGGAGAUCUGUGACAUCAUUAACGAGACUGAAGAAGGACCCAAAGAUGCCUUCCGAGCCAUAAAGAAGAGAAUUGUAGGGAAUAAGAAUUUCCAUGAAGUUAUGCUGGCUUUGACGGUCUUGGAGACAUGCGUCAAAAACUGUGGCCAUCGCUUCCAUGUCCUUGUGGCCAGCCAGGACUUUGUGGAAAGCGUCCUGGUGAGAACAAUCCUGCCGAAGAACAAUCCACCUGCCAUAGUGCACGACAAGGUGCUGACCCUCAUCCAGUCCUGGGCGGAUGCUUUCCGCAGCUCACCGGACUUGACUGGUGUCGUGGCUGUCUAUGAAGACCUUAGACGGAAAGGCCUGGAGUUCCCCAUGACCGAUCUGGACAUGCUGUCACCCAUCCACACACCACGGAGGACUGUGUACAACUCCAACUCUCAGUCCGGACAGAACUCACCUGUGGUCAACUCCCCGCAGCAGAUAGAGUCCAUCCUCCAACCUGUCACCCUGCCCGCUGGGAGAGAGACAUCCAGCGAGGCGCCCAUCACACCCACACCAGAGCAGAUCGGGAAGCUGCGCAGCGAGCUGGAAGUGGUGAACGGGAACGUGAAGGUCAUGUCGGAGAUGCUGACAGAGUUGGUGCCGUCCCAGGCUGAGACUUCCGACCUGGAGCUGCUGCAAGAGCUGAAUCGUACAUGCAGAGCCAUGCAACAGCGUGUGUUGGAACUGAUUCCCCGUGUCCUCCAUGAGCAGCUCACCGAGGAGCUACUCCUCAUCAAUGACAACCUCAACAACGUGUUUCUACGCCAUGAAAGGUUUGAGCGUCUUCGGACAGGACAGCCUGUUAAGGCACCAACUGAGGCACAGAACAGCUUGAUUGACCUGGGACCCAGUACUCCCUCUGCAGCGAGACAACCUGAAGUCACCAACAACCUCUCCUCCCAGCUGGCUGGAAUGAACCUGGGCUCAAGCAGCGUGAGUGCAGGGCUGCACUCCCUCAACACCUCCGGCAAGCUGGAAGAAGAGUUCGACAUGUUUGCCAUGACCCGGGGCAGCUCGCUGGCUGAGCAGCGCAGAGAGGUAAAGUACGAAGAUCCCCAAGCCUCCAAAGGACUCGCUGGUGCCCUGGACGCCCGACAGCAGAACACGGGAGCAGGGGAGUUUGGUGCCUCCAGUGAUGGAGCCCAGCUGACUAACUGGAUGGUGCGGCAAGGAAUGGUGCCGAUUCCCCCAGCCAAUUUCAUGGAAGACAUCGAAAAGUGGCUCUCCACUGACGUGGGGGAGUCCGAGGAUGCAAAAGGUGUCACCAGUGAAGAGUUUGACAAGUUUCUGGAAGAGCGAGCAAAAGUUGCGGACCGACUCCCCAAUUUGUCCAGCUCUUCAGCAGGCACGUCUGUCUCCCCUCCUGCUGCCAGCCAUCAUCGGAAGCAAGCGAAGGAAGAUGAUGCUAUGUUUGCCUUGUGAAUGCUACUGACUGGUGUGCUGUGGAGCAAGAGGCUGUGUGUGCUGUUUCGCUCGCCUCUGACCAGGGGCCAGCAGGGGAAGGACUCUGUCCCCUUCCUCCACUCUUCCUGUUUUCUCUUUGAGUUGUUUUUAUUUUAAAGCUGCUUUCAGAUUCCAGAUAACCAUUGUUGUGUUUAGGGAUGUCGCACUAUAGGCUUGUGAAGGGGGUUUUCAAAGCUGCUUGAGAACGUGGAAGGUGUGGGCUUUUGGUUUUGGUACGAGGUGGGCAAAGCAGAAGCAGUUCCCCAUCCUCCUCUCCAGGGAGGCAGUCAGAGAUCUUGCCCAGGAAACACGAGAGGCUGCAGCCUGCUGCUGAAAUCGUGCCUGCCUGCUUCUUUCCUAGCCCUCGCAACAGAGUGGGUCCCCGGCCUGCUGCCUGCCACUGUUAGACUGGAAAGCAGCAAGGGUAUGUGACAUUACAGGUGGCAGAGCAAAAACACUAAUGGUAGCGGGGCCCUCUUGCUCUAGCGUCUCUUGCACAAGUGCUUGUGGUAUGCAACACCUUCCCACUCACAACCCUUCCUCUUCUCCCCCAUCAGUUUAUCCAGAGCCCUACCCAAGCCCCCACGUUUCCGUUGCACGGCAGCCAGCUGCCAAAGCCCUUGGCUGCACGCAGGGCUCAAGCUGCGAGUGGUACCCAGUCUGCGGGCCAAAGGGGCUGUCUGCCCUGGGGUGGGGUGUGCCUUCAGCAAACUCUCUGCAGUUAAUUUAAUUCUCCCCUUAUUAUCCUUUCCUCCCCUCUUUCCCUGAUACGAUCCCGCCUCCCUCUUGCUGCUUCCGCUGAUGCCUUCCACCGUGUCCUGCUGUGGUGUGGGGAGGAUCUCGGAGCCUCUGAGCAGACAGUGCUAGCGACUCCCCGUGUGCUGGGGGCAGAGAGCUGUUCUCCCUAAAGCUGGAGGCUUUAGGCACUGUUACACCACUGAGAAUGUGCCGUUGCUGGGGUAGCUUGUUCAGCCGGUGAGCGCAGAGGCGAAGCAAGACUCAUCCGACACCAAAAAGCAGCUUUGCAGCAGCCGGGAGCUCCUUUGCACAUGGGGAGCAAAACCCUCCCGAGCAAACCGCACACGCUGCCUAAUCCUACGGGGCGGCCAGGGAGGAGGGUGCCGAGCCUGGGGCUCCUGCUCGUGGGAUUUCUUGUUGAAUGUGGGAGAGUUGCCUUUUUUAUUGCACAUUAAAGGAGCAAACUCUUGAGCCUCCA